GCCAGAUGUCAAGCUAACGUCCUGACGUCACAUCAUACAGCAUUUCUUUUUCUUUUAGCGCGAGCCAUCGCCUAGUACUUCCUUUUCCGGUUUCUCUCUCAAGAUGGCGGACGCCGAGCAGAAGAAGAAGCGUACUUUCAGGAAGUUCACCUACAGAGGAGUGGACCUGGACCAGCUCCUGGACAUGUCCUACGAGCAGCUCAUGCAGCUGUAUGGCGCUCGCCAGAGGAGAAGGUUGAACCGCGGCCUGAGGAGGAAGCAGCAGUCUCUCCUCAAACGCCUGCGCAAGGCUAAGAAGGAGGCGCCUCCUAUGGAAAAGCCUGAGGUGGUGAAGACCCAUCUGCGGGACAUGGUCAUCCUGCCUGAGAUGGUGGGCUCCAUGGUCGGCGUGUACAACGGCAAGACCUUCAACCAGGUUGAAAUCAAGCCUGAGAUGAUCGGUCACUAUCUUGGAGAAUUCUCCAUUACAUACAAGCCUGUUAAGCACGGUCGCCCUGGUAUUGGAGCCACCCACUCCUCCCGCUUCAUUCCUCUGAAGUAAACCAUAAUUGAUGUAAAUAAAAGUGACUUCCAACACAUGAAA